AUGCACCAGGUUUUAUUUCCCUCUGUAGUGAUUUGGAAACUUUUCCAGAGCCGAAAGAGCAGCCGGAGAACAGUGCUUUUGGUUGGUCUCUGUGAGUCGGGUAAAACUCUUCUGUUUGUUAGGCUGUUAACAGGAAAUUUCCAAAGUACACAGACUUCCAUAACAGAUAAUUCUGCAUUGUACAGAGUAAAAAAUGACAAGAACACACACAUAACUUUGACUGACCUUCCAGGGCAUGAGAGCUUGCGACUUCAGUUUUUGGAUAGGUUCAAGGCUGCUGCUAGGGCAAUUGUGUUUGUUGUGGAUAGUGUAACAUUCCAGCGGGAGAUGAAAGAUGUGGCAGAAUUCCUGUACCAGAUCCUGAUUGACAACGUGGUGUUGAAAAAUGCCCCUCCCCUCCUAAUAGCAUGCAACAAGCAAGAUUUUACAAUGGCAAAAUCUUCCAAACUCAUUCAGCAGCAGCUGGAAAGAGAACUCAAUACCUUAAGAGUGACUGCCUCAGCUGCCCCAAGCACACUGGAUAGUUCAAACUCUGGAUCUGUCUCUCAGCUUGGAAAGAAGGGCAAGGAGUUUGACUUUUCCCAACUGCCCAUGAAAGUUGAAUUUAUUGAAUGCAGUGCAAAAGGAAGCAAAGGAGAGGAGGGCAGUGCAGAUAUUGAGGACUUAGAAAAAUGGAUAGGAAAAAUUGCGUGAUCUUUUUGAGGAGGAGGCAGUAGAGGCAGCCACUGGGAAAACAAUAUGAAUUGGAAUGGUACAAAAAAUUUAGAUUUCCAGGAACAGCCAAGAAUGUGGGGGAUGGCAAAGGAUGCAGUAAGGUGCAGGAACAACAACAAGUUCAUUCUUUAUUCUGCUUCGGGUUGCAUUCAUUCUGGUAUUCUCAUUCUUGGUGAAUACCUGCUUACUUGUUCAUCUCAUCUCAUUUUCUUCUCCCUUCCAUUGUCUGGGAAGUACUCAAGAAUGAAGAAUCAACUCUUGGGAAAGCUAUGCACUACUAACCAGUGAGAUGCCUCAGCAGGGGUUGACAUUGUGUGUAAUGGCUAGCAUUGCUGUCUCCCUGUAAGUUGUGCUUCUUCUGUAAACUGUACCUGAAUAAUAGGCUGCAGUGAGAUGCCUGGGAGAAGUUUUGAGGUUCUGUUUCCAUGUACAUUUUUCCAGUCAGGGAACGUGGCAAUGAUACAAUGCACCACAUAUUGCUAGAUUUAUAUUAUGGCAUUGGAAAUAUAUUUCUUGUAGAUGCUUCCCUAUUCUGUGGCUUGAUGCAAGAAUCCCAUUUUGUGCUUUAUUUCUUUGGGAUGUGUAAAAGUAAUAUUCCUGCAUAAAGCUCGGGCAAAGAGAAUGUUGACUAGGUGGUGAUAACAUCCUUUUCCAUUCUGGAUGAGCCACACUAUGGUGGACUUGGGUUUCCCCGCAGUGCCUUAAUUUAAGUUCUGUCAGUACCCCAAGUGUCAUAAGAACUGACUUAUUAGAAAGUACAACUGUCAGAAUUGAACUUGACUAUCAAAUCAGAUGCAACUACUCUAGUGCAUACCUUAAACAAUGUGCUUUGCUACACAGCCUAAGCUUUACAACAAAAAGGUGCUGCUUUGAAUUUCUUCAUCAUGUCACAGACUCAACUUAGAACAACUUCAUAAAAUAUGAAAGAUGCUUGUCACAUGUAAGUUGCAUUUCCCAGUGGUGAACACUACUGCCUGGGUGAGAGAUUUGUGUCUGCAGAAAUAUGAUAGGUGCAUGCCUGCAAUAGCCUUAUUUGGUUUCUGCUUUUGGACGCUUCCUUACUGACAUGUCCACAGGUGCAUGUCUAUUCUUUCAUUGAAUUUGUAAAAGUAUCUGUAUAUUGUGUGAAACAGCCAUAAGGUUUUGCGUAUAUCCAGCCAGUCCAUAUUUGUGUUCACGUCUAGUGGCUUAGCCAGCUUUCUGUGAUUUGCUCCAAAUUGUGGACUGACUGAAAAUUGGAAUUAUCCUUUUGCGAAUAUGUGUUGGGGCAUUUUGGACAUAAAGCAACAUGAUCCAACUGCUGAAAUCUGUUUCUGCUCUGGAAUGGUGUUGAGACGAAGUAUUCUGCUCUGACGUGCAGUUUAUGAGCUUCUUGCCAGGUCUGCACAACACUAGUGAAAGCUUGACCGUAAUCAUGGCUCAAGAUGCAAGAUGUUUUCCUGUAUAUAUUGCAUUCAUGAGCUGUAAAUAUGUAUGAGUUCAUGUCCUUUUAAGUUAUUAUUUGCAGGUAUCUAUAAAUAAAGAUGUUUAACUAA